AGGGCCUGAAUGCAGUUUCAUGAGUGUGCCCCUAGUAACUCAGUAUGGGAUUUCAGGUUUUCCCCUAAAAUCACAUUACAUGAUUUGUCCUGCUCUGGAGUGGCGAAAAUGUUGCUGAGCAGGAGACCCAAAAGCUGAAUGCGUCAAUGAACAUUGCGAUGGCAAAGCUCAGAGCUGUGUGCCUGCUUUGGCUGCUAGCUGAUUAGCGAGUCAUCUCAUCUUCCUAUGCCUUUUCCAUCCCGAUUUACUUGGCCUACUUAGGAAAUGCUAUUUACCCCAUUUUUGUAUAGUAUUCAGCACCCUUGUGCCUUUAGGCAAUACUGUUGGAAUCUCUGUGGGUAUUUACAUGCCUUUUCUUCACUCUUGUAGCAUCUGAAUGCUGCAUAUUUGAAUGCAUUUAACUUCCAGCAUCCCCAGCACUGUUAAGCAGGACAGUCUAUGUGUGGAGUCAACACAGUGGGGUUAAAGCUUCAGCAGGAGGCUUGUGUCAGAGCCAGAAACUAAGUCUGGGUCCCCCAAAGCAUUGACUUUCACUGUUAAAAUAAGCUUUCCUCCCAGAUAAUCAAUUGACAGUAAUAAGGACAAAGCUCAGUGUGCCAGAGCAGUCAGCCUUUAACAGUUUGCAUUACAGAUUUAUAAGGAAAUACAGUAUUUCUGACCUUGAAAAAUUAAAGCCAUGCUAAAGCCAUUGUGACAAAUACAUUAACAAGGGCUUUUCAAAACCACCUAUGACUCUUCCUCCCUUGUUUUACAGAUACCUUAUGUGGCCUAAUUGAUUUUUUCCUAAGCAAAGGUAAUGCUAUGUAGUAAAUCCUGCCCCACAGAGUAAGGAUGUUGGUCCAGCAAAGCUGACAUCAGAGGAUUGCCUCUCCGCAGCCUCCUUUUGUGACUUGGGGUGGACAGUUACAAGUUUUGAUCCUUGUCUCAGAGCCUUGCAUCUCUGCCAUUAGACUCCAGAUAAAAAGGACUCCAGCCAAAUAUUACAGCAAAUGUUUAGAUUAAAACCAAAAAUCCCUACAUCCACUAGUUUGCUCUCAACCCCCUACGUUCUUUGAAGAAAAAUUCAGUCCCAUUUCUUAGUGGGGUCUGAUGGGUGGCACCUGGUUAAUCUCUGUCUGCCUCCCUGGUAACAGUCAAAGCGGUCAACACAGAGGUGGGCAGGGAGUGAGCCUCCAGCUGCUGUUCCUGUUAUCAGGGUCCAUCAGCAGGUAACCGUCCAGGAAUGAUAAAUGCGACCCUUUGCUAAGGGAAUAACCACGCAGCUUUCUUCAGAAGUCUCAAAGAACAUUAGCUGGACUCCAGAUUUCAAGGCAGAAGUUUCUCUGAAUCUUCAGGUCUUGUAUUUUAUGCUGCUCUCUCAAAUUAUAUGCAGAAACUGUAAUUCUUAUGAUAGCUUGGUAAACUAAUAAUUUUUUUUUUUCAUUUUAGGCAGUCUUUAUUCAAGCAACCUGUACACACAUAUAUCACUAUGAUUAGAAAUUGCAUGCCCCCACCAGCUUUUCUGCAAUUUGAAUGUUUAGCUGGUGUGGCAACAGUAAAUCACAGUUCACUGUGUACCCAAAAGCAAGCUGUGUUUUCUUCCACGCUAUGUCAAGGAGCAGCUGAGCAUUUGCAGAAAUGGAGGAUCUAUGGCAGAGCAACGUGGGUGCUGCAGCUCACGCGUCUGCCAAGGAGCCAACAUGUGACUGACCUGAAGCACUCUCCAAGCAAUGGCCAUCUAAUUUGCAUGUUCAUUUUUAAUAACUGUUCUGCAAGACUCCUGCUAAAAAUGAUAAAUUGUAAUGACUUGCUGUCAAACCAAGUUUCAAGGUAGCAUCUGCUCAUAGAGAAUACUAAAAUAAUUAAGCCUAAACAGAAGCACAGCCAAAUUGCCUUGCUUAAAAGCGGUUUGUGAGCAUAGCAAAAAUAAGUAUCAAAUUGGUAAAUUCCCUGGUAAAUGAUGACAGUAAAAACAGCACAGGGUAAGGAAUUUGACCCAGCUGACAUCUUGAACCCAGUGACUGUCAGAAGAGAGAGGAAUCAGAAGUUCCCAUAAAUGACGCUCUUUCCUGACAGAAGACAGCUAACAAAAAUGACUGAAUUACGGGUAACGCUCUGGCUGCAGAUCCAGCCUUAAACCCAACGCAGUCACAGGUGUUCAGCAAAGGCGUCUGUGCAUAUUUUGCUCUCAGAGCUGGUGGCAAUUCUCCAGCCCUCAGGUGAGCUUCGUCAUUCCUGACAAGCGCGUAAGGACUUGCUGUUCCCUGUGUGAAUGGCUACUUUGGUCAGAACAGGAAGAAAACAAGGAGAAACGGGAGCGAAGCAGAUUGCUUGCCAUUCUUCUGAUGGCAAGACCACGGAGUUUCUUCCACACCCUGGAAUGCUCCAGGCUCCCCGCCGAAGCACGGUGCCAGACGUGGCGCAGCGGGAGCACGCCGCUCCUUCCUGGCCCGCUGAGGCCUCCACCACCUCCAGAGGUGCCGCUGUACCCACAUGGAGAAAAACUCUUCUCUUCAGCAUUAUAGAACGAUGGCCCAGUGAAAGGCAGCUGGCCAAAAGCAAAGCACCAAAAUAUAGCUGGCCUCCUUUGAGAUACAGCUGAGGCUGAAAGAAACUCUAAGGUGGUGGUGGUGGCUCAUAAAUGACCUACUCCCUGCAAAGCCCCGGCAGACACAGAGAUACACAAUUAUUGAUUUCUAAGACAGUUCCUAUGGACACUAAGUUUGCUAGGAGAGGUAUUAGCUCUCAUUAGAGCAUCUUCACCUCACAGUCUCGUUAUGCCUGUCUCAACAGGCGUAUGCAACUCAACAGCCCCUCGCUGUCUGCAGUAACAGGGUCGACUCCAGUUUUAGGAUCAAUCAAGUUUUCUUCUGUGUUGUGAGACAGUCACAGAGAAAAGCAUCUAAAUAAUCAAGAGACCAAAUACUCUUUCUUAAUAUAUAUUUUAUAUUGCUUAGAAACGUGCAUGUAAUGGCAUGCCCCACACGCAAUGGCAGGGCUUCCUUCACCGCAGACCUUGCCACCUACUUUCAGAGAGCAAUCAGAUGAGGGAAGUAUUACAGAAAAAUGCUGUAAGGGCCAGAGGGGAAUUUGAUAAAUUUCAUAAAAUUACAGCGUGACUCGGUAAAGCUGUUAGCAACAUGGACGGAUGCAGGAACCUGCUGAAUAAGGGAGACGUUCAUAUACGGAGCCCAGUUUCACUCCAGCUGCUGAAUGCCGGAGGGACGCUCAGGCAAGGGGUAUCACGGCACCUGCAAGACCUCUGGAGCCUGCGUGAGCUGUGCUCCGUGCAGAUCUAGCAAGAACGGGACUGAUACUGAGUUUUAGUAAGGGUCCUCAGCUUCCUAUGGAAUACAUGGAGCACCUGACAAAGGAAUGCUACUGUCAGGCCUAAGUCAGUCCGGUUAGGUAUUCAGUUCCUCUGCUUCAGAGUGAGAUAACGGAUACAGAGAAACCGUAUUUACUGGAAAAGCCACAGAGCUGGCAACAAAACAUAAGAAGAAAAUCUGACAAUUCCUUUAAAUACAUCUUUAGUUCCUGGAACCUUGCAUGCUGUCAUUUUUUUCUGACUUAAACAGAUACUGUAAAUUCCCCAGUAGCUUAAAGAAGACAGCUAAGGAAGAAUCAGCAGGGGGUUGUCAUUUGUUUCAAAGAUGCUAGGAUUAAUAAUCUAACAUUUAGGUAUAAACAUGUAAAUGAUAUGUAGCACAUUGUCUAAAUGUGCGUCAUCGAGGUAUAAGCACAAAGAGCUGCUGUUUCUGAAAACUGUAUUUCAAUCAAGCAUCAGUAAUACUAGAUGAUACGCUAUCAUGAAUGUACUUAUUUUAGCCGAAUAAUCAGACCAGAUAUUUUACAGUAUUUCCACCUAUGUAUUAAUAUCUAAACAUUUCUGCUAAUAAAACAUGUAAUAAGAAAUGCAAAUAAAAAUUAACACCCGUAACCAAUCGUAAAAAUCUUUUUGUCAAGUUAAAAAUUUCCACAAAAUGUUUUGUUUAGAACUUCAACUCUUUUAACUAAGAAUCUGACUUUUCUAUUCAUAAUAGGUAAGAUACACAUUACUCCAGACCCUCUGUCAUCUUAACUGAUUCCCCAGCUUCUCUGUAGCAAAGAGCUGCUUAUCAGUAUUAUACUAGAAGUACUCGGUAAUUUUGUGAACUUUUAACUUAAGAAAUUUAAUACUAUUUUUGUGCUACAAACAGAAAAAGUAUGCAUCUGGUAUCAUUUGCUUUCAUGCAGCUUAAUGUAAUUACAAUUUAUUAAUAAAUAAGGGAAACACUACAUUAUCUGAGCAAUUUUAAAUGUAGCCAGGUUUGUUUGAAAUAAUAAUAAUGUUUCUCCAUAUGUGUAACUGCCUUUUCACUCUGUAUAAAUACUGGCAGCUGCAACAGUCCUGCAACGUUAGAUCCACCACUGAACUUAUAUAAAUGAAAAAUGCGAGUUCUGUAACCAUCUGAUAGGCACAUACUCCAAUCAGUGAAACAAUACUGUAUUUUCAGGUGUCUGUUAAAAUUAACAGAAGUUGGCACCUUUAGCAUGGGACAGGAUAGGGAUCCAAAUUUCCAGACAAAAUCCUUGGUUAAUAGCAGGAGGCUGUCUCUUUUACAGCACUUGACCAAAGAAAGUACCUCUUCUACAUUGUAAAACAGUGGAAGAGACAUGGGCAAUUAGCACAAGCAAAACAUUUUCACUUGAUAAGUCAAUCUGGGCUGUUUUUUCUGCCCACAUCAGCAGUGUCUGAAAACAAAGGAGACACAGCAGUCCCAGGAGACAGCUUGUCUGCCCCACCGUUUUUCUGGGGGAUCUCUUAAUUUGUUUUAGCAAGCACAUAGCAAACCUUCUAGGUGUCAAAAUUUAAUAUGCCACAUAGAACGAAUGCUGCAGCGACUGACGCUGUGGGAUAAUGAAAGGCUAUACCAAAUAAAAGUGUCUUUAGGGAACACACUUCUAUACUUUGUCUCCACCUCCCUGGUUAUCACAGCAAUCCCUUGAAUAGGCAAUAAGACCUGUCUUGUCUCGAGUGAUUUGAUAAACAGUUGAUAAACAACAGUUCGUUAAGGUCUUGGCAUAUAAACCACAAGGUUUUCAGUGUGCCCUGCACUUGGGGGGUUUGACAUCUCCCUGCUCAGCAGCUGAGGAGUCACUGGAAGAUGUUCUCGACUGCAAAAAUACUUGUUUUUGCUGUGAGCAGUUUCCUAAGAGUGGCAACAGGCUUUGACAUUGGAUUAUCCACAAAAUGUGUAGUGAUACCCAAGGAAAUGGACAUGUGCCACAAGAUUGGAUACUCUGAAAUGAGGCUUCCCAACCUGAUGGGACACACAAGCAUGGCAGAGGUUAUCCUAAAGUCCACCACCUGGCAACACCUUGUGCACACGGACUGUCACCCUCACGUGAGGACAUUCCUGUGCUCCCUGUUUGCACCCAUCUGUUUAGAUACGUUUAUCCAUCCUUGUAGGAGUAUGUGUGUUGCUGUCCGUGACAGCUGCACCCCUGUGCUUGCCUGCCGCGGACACCCCUGGCCUGACAAUCUGGACUGCAAUCGAUUCCCUGCGGACGAGGACAUGUGCCUGGCAUCUCUUUCAAAGGAAUAUAAAUACUUGCACAAAGUCCUACCAAAGCCUACCUGUCAGACCUGCCCAGCAGUGGAGGAAUUCUUUACGCACAAAAGAGUUCUCGAAGUUUUCUGUGACAGUAACUUUGCAGUGAAAGUAAAGCUGUCCAAGAAGAGAACAGUAUUUGGUGACCAAGAGUACAACAUUGAAUGCCAAGUGGAAUUCAUUACCCAGGGCUCACUCUUGCCUUAUGAAACUCAGAGCAUGAUACAACAGUGGCUGCUUAUCAAUGAAAACUGUACACAGAGGAUGACUCCGACCCAUCAUCCCAUGGUGUAUCUCCUUGUGGGGAAUAUUGAAGAGGGCAUCAUUUUAGUAAACCAGGUUUAUCGUUGGCAGAGAAGGGACUCCCAGCUGACUUUGGCCACUCAGAAGUGGAGAUACCAUAAAUGCUUCUAAAUAUUUAUCAUAUUAUUUGUAAAUAGAAAUGUAUUAUAAGCGGAAUGUAAAGUUUUAAUUUCCUUUUAAAUUAUAUUAUAAAUUGAA